AUGGUUUCUAUUUCUAACAUUUUUAUUAUUUCGAUCGCUAUUGUUUUAGUUUCAAGCUUUCCAAUUGAUUCCAAGGUAUCGGGAAUAGUUGUUACUAAGACAUCUGAUUCUACUCCAGCUAUCUUAAUGGAUUCAAAACCCCACACUAGUCAUCUUACUGCUAAAGAAAUACUUGCACCAUUUAUGGAAAUUCAAAAGCGGGAUGCACAGUCAAAUAAUAUUAUUGACAUUUCGCCUAUUAUCACACUUAUCAAUGCGGCCACAUCGUUCUUGCAAUCCGCUCUAACAUCUAUUGUUAACUUAAAUCCUACUAGCGCAGUAACUUCAGUAGGAGAUCUCAUCACCAAUCUUACCACUGUUGUGGCACAGAUUGUGAAUUCAAUAAAUAAUAUUUCUAACCAAACUGGAACAUCGGGAGCCCUUAACAGAAUUUUGCUUAUUACAGGAAUUAGAUAUUUCCUUGAUAUUUUUAAGCAGGUUGUCAAUGCUCUUGUUUCAUUUUUAACUGGCCGAACUCUAGAUGCACACACUGUUAACAUGAUCAAGGUUUUACGUGACACUCUUAAUAAUCUUUCCCGUUCUUUAAGUAAGUCUGGUAUGGGCGAUGAAGUAGUCAAAGUUGUGGUAUCCAUAGUCAAUUUACUGAACAGUUUGAUUGGGUAA